AUGAGGAUGGCGGUCUUGCAUGUGAUCGGCGCCUCGCUGCUCCUUCCCGCAGUCGCGAUGCAGCACGUUGUCGAAUGGCACGACUUAUAUGAUUCCGGAUCCGAGUCGCACGAGGUACACUACACCGUCGGCGACUCGGUUAUGUUUCGCUGGAAGGGGUCAUUGGGUCAUAACCUCAUGAAGGUCUCAAAGUCGGCGUACACGAACUGUGAAGACGAGAAUGGCGCCAUGCUCAACGAUGGGAGUUCCACCGGCCAGAUCGAGCAGGUCGUUGACUUCCCCAAGACCGGUGAAUUCUACUUUCUUUGCUCGGUUGGCUCCCACUGCGCCAAUAACCAAAAGAUCAACAUCACGAUCGACCCUGACACGACGUGCAACUCUGCAAAGAUGAUGUACCCCUCAAAAGACGCGGCUGAGGCGAGGGGGAGCAUGUGCGACCCGCCGGUCAACGGAUCGCACAAGAUGGGGUCGUGCUGGAUGCCCGGCGACUCGAUGCUCGGCGACUCGCAUGGAGCCUGCGGCGCACUCGCGUUCCCGCAGUGCUUCGGCGACGCGCCGUCCACCACCGCCGAGGCGGUCCUGAUGUCCUCCCUCACCGCCGGCACGAGCCUCGUCGCUCUUUCGAGCCCAGGCUGUGAAGAGGCGUCCCACUUCUCACAGCUUCCGGCGUGA